GGAAAGGGUGCUGCAGGGACGCCAUGUCCUCCAAAGCUGCCUUCUUAUUCCAGAACUCCAGAUCCCACCUUGAGAGAACUUUCCUGUAUGGAUAAUCCUAAAAGUGAUGUGGAAACUGGAAAAAAACUACAGUAACCAAAGUGACAAUGAGUCGGUUAUCAGACGAUCCAGAAAAUGCCCACGGCAGCAGUCUGGGCUCCUGUCCUUCUUUACGGGAUGUUCAUUCCAUCAACCCCGCACAGCUGAUGGCAAGAAUUGAGUCCUAUGAAAACAGAGAGAAAAAAGGCAUAUCUGAUGUCCGAAGGACUUUUUGUUUGUUUGUCACCUUUGACCUCUUAUUUGUAACCUUGCUGUGGAUAAUAGAGUUAAAUGUAAAUGGGGGCAUUGAGAGAAACUUAGAAAAAGAAGUCCUCCAGUAUGAUUAUCGUUCUUCAUAUUUUGAUAUCUUUCUCCUGGCAGUAUUUCGAUUUAAAUUUCUGAUACUUGCAUAUGCACUGUGCAGACUGCAGCACUGGUGGGCCAUAGCAUUCACGACCGCAGUGACCAGUGCCUUCUUACUCGCAAAAGUGAUUCUUUCAAAGCUCUUCUCUCAAGGUGCUUUUGGCUAUGUGUUGCCCAUCAUCUCUUUCAUUCUUGCCUGGAUAGAAACCUGGUUCUUGGAUUUCAAAGUCUUACCACACGAAGCGGAAGAAGAAAACAGACUUCUGCUGGUGCAAGGUGCCUCUGAGCGAGCUGCCCUUAUCCAACCUGGCCUCCCCUCUGAUGGGCAGUUUUAUUCACCCCCUGAAUCUGCUGCAGGAUCUGAUGAAGAAUCUGAUGAAAAACAGGACAGUGAGAAACCUGUUGUAUAACAAAUAUGCCAACAGACUGCAGAUAGAGGGGUCAUGUGGAUGAAUUCUUCUCGAUACAAAAGAAGUUCUCAUAGCAAAGGAGGAACCUAAGCUUCGAAGCCUUCUCCUCGACGUGCAGCCUGCUGUGGGUAAAGACAUGCUUGAAUGGAGAAACACUUGAGCCAUGUGACUGGUCUGUCACCUUACCUGCGCUUUGGGACUGCUUGGCCUAAGACUUUGGAUGGUGGAUCAGUCGGGUUUGCAUCUUGUUCCGGUAUUCCCUUCCUGAUCUGAAACGUGUGGCUUUCCUUGACAGAGCAAAAUCCUGAAUCCAGAUUUGCUCAGGACUUGUCAUGCUUGGUCUAUAAUAAUAAUUGAGUGGCCACUGGAACUCAGAGCAGAAGCAUUUAUUUAUUGAUCAGAAUGAAACUGCUCCCAUGCUCCGUAAUACCUCAUCAAACCUGUCCCAUAUCUGCAUACUUCUUUUGGGCUGAAUCAUGCCUAAUCUGAAAAGAACUCUUCCGUCCAUCAUGUAUUCAAGUAUACUUGAAAAGAUUUUUUUUUCCAAAGGGGCCAGCAGGCUACUGAAGAGCAGUGUACUCAUUAAUCUGGUCUGGAGCCCUGAUGCUAUAUGAAGGAAUGCUUUAGAACGUAAGCCUGUCCAAUAAUGGGUUGGAUUCACUAGAGGAUGCUUAAUGUUGUAUUAAUUUUUACAUUUUUAACAAGUUAUCUUUUAAAAAUUGAAUUAUGUACUCUUUGUAAACUAAACACUAAAAAAAAAAGGUGUGGCAUCACAGGUUUGUAUGUAAAGUCUGAACAGGCGCGAGAAAGCCUUUCCUCUCACAAAGAACUGUAACCUAAUGUGUAACUUUUGGCCCUGUGCUCCUACUGAGAAACUGGAACUGUUUCCUAUUCCUGACGGAUUCCACUGCCCUUACGAGUUACUCUUGUGUAUACUUAUGUGUAUAUAUCUCUACAUCUUGCACUACUUCUAAUUAAUACAGUUAAUUAUGCGAAUUGAAAAACUCACAAUAUUCUGUAUACUACUUCCGCAAAAAAAACAAAAAGUGUACCUGGAUGUUGUUGCUCCUAAAUUCAUUUGAUUAUGUUUAAAUUGUGUGUAAGAGGGCUUAUAUGAAACACUGAAAGCACUACCUGCUUUGAUUUUGGUAUGAUUCUGCGAGUGUUCUUGAAACAUUUCGCAUUCAUAAACUAUGAC